AUGUUUGGAAAUUUAUGGAAGAUGAACUUUGGAAGGCUGUCGAAAACUCGGUGGAAUUCCCGGUUCUACUCGGGUAGUUCUCAAUAUCGCAGAUUUAACAAUCGUCAAUCCAAUAACUUUACAACCCUAAUAGCAGAUCCAACAGCAAGAAAAUAUAUAGGGCUGACUGCUGGUGCCGGUGCCCUCUUCUACCUUACUCACCUAGAAGAAGCCCCGGUUAGUGGUAGAAUGAGAUUUAUAUGGCUUCCACGAUCACUAGAGCUGAAAAUCGCCAAUUAUUCUUACAAUUCAGUGCUCAGAGAGACACAAGGCUCGAUCCUACCUUCGAAUGACCCUCUAACAAUAAAAGUGACCAAAAUCUUCCGACAAAUAGUGGAAGCAGCCGCAAAAGAUCCUAGCAUCGACAAAGAGCUGCUCCAAGGCAUCGACUGGGAAGUACAUAUUGUGAACGAUCCCAGGGCCCCACCCAAUGCGUUUGUACUUCCAGGUGGGAAAGUAUUUGUGUUCAGCAGCAUUCUUAACAUUUGCAAGAAUGAUGACGGACUUGCCACUGUGCUGUCGCAUGAAUUUGCUCACCAAUUGGCCAGACAUACUGCAGAGAAUCUCUCCAAAGCUCCCAUAUACUCUAUAUUGGGAGUGGUCCUCUACACGAUUACUGGUGCUGACGUCUUUAACCGCCUGAUCUUGGAUAGUUUCCUUAAAAUGCCAGCAUCUCGUCAAAUGGAAACGGAAGCUGACCACAUAGGUCUUAUGGUUAUGUCUCGGGCAUGCUUCAAAACAGAAGAAGCAGUGCAGUUAUGGGAGCGCAUGGCUCAGUUUGAACAGAAAAUGAAAGGAGCUGGACGGUUCGCUCCUGAGUUUCUGAGUACACACCCUGCUAGUGAUCGUAGGAUUGAAAACAUGAAGUCCUGGAUGCCCCAAGCGCAAGAGUUGCGUGCGCAAUCCAAUUGCGGUGCGACGGGUGGAUUUUACGAUGAUUUUCAGACCUUGUUUGGUGGACGCAGAUCAGGACAAUCUGUUCCUUCGGGAGAGAUCGCCUCUAUAUUUUGA